AUGUCAGACGCCCGACAAAAGAACGUGGUGGUGAGUAAGCCCAUUGUCUAUGGAUCGGUGGCCAUGUACCUCGGUCGCAAAGCCGAGGAGACCAAGACUCAUCGCUGGUCAAUUUAUUUGCGUGGUGUGGACAAUGAGGAUUUGUCUUACAUGAUCAGUAAGGUUGUUAUAAGUCUACACGUAAGCUUUGCCAACCCAGUUCGCGUACUAACGGAGCCACCGUAUGAGGUGACAGAGCUUGGUUGGGGCGAGUUCGAGACGCGCAUUCAGAUCUACUUUCAAGACCCGAACGAGCGACCAAUCAGUAUCAUCCAUUUGUUAGUAUUGUAUCCGCCUAAUAGCCAGCCUGCUAGUACCAAAAAGCCAGUAGUAAGCGAAUUUUACGACGAGCUCGUGUUUAAUGAGCCGACAGAAUCUUUUUACAAGAAACUAAUGGCUGGACCAGAUCGACAAUCAGCCCCGCUUGCCAUGCAAGACUAUCUGCCAACAUAUUCGGAUGUGGAGGUCCUGAAGACACUCGCCCGCGCUGAGGAAUUAGUAAAAAAAGAGGUGCAGGAUACCAAAACUUUACUGCUUAGCGCUGACAUGGAAAUAAAGGAGCUAAAGGAACGCAUUGCAGAACACACGAAAAAGAAAAAGCAGGCUGACAAAUUGGCUGCUGCACAAUCCUUAGCGCCGAUGCCUUGA